CCGGAUGUGCCCACAGGAGGCACCAGAGUCACUGUGGGUGGAUUUAUUAAGAGGCUGUGGGGAGCUGGAGGGACCACAGAGCUCUUAGUUCUUUCUUCUUCCAAGGAAAGGGAUUUUGAGGGUUAGCCAAGGGAGGACUGCCAAGUAAAAAGUAAGAAGCAGACCAGGCCAGGGGGCAGCUGCGGGGGCCUUGAGGCAGUGGCGUCUGUGAGGAGAAGAGAAAAAGGAGGAGACCCGGGGCUGCUGUUCCAGAGUCCUCAGGUCGUUACUGUGAGGCCAUACAGGCUUGAUCCCUCCAAGGCCUAAGAUGCCCCACAUCCAGCCUCUGCCGCCCUCUGUGGGGACCGAGAGCACAGCCCGCAGCCACAGGGCCAGGGGUGAGGGACCCCUGCAGCGUCUGCCCAUCCCCAUCCCCAACCCCAACCCCCAGGGUGAUCCGCUCCUCACAGCGCGUGACCGCCUCUUCCACGUGCUUUUCUUCAACAUGGCGCUGAUUUAUUCACGCCUCUUCCCGCCUACCUUCCGCCGAGUAUUCGAGUUCUUUGUGCUUCUCAAAGCGCUUUUUGUGCUCUUCAUCCUGGCCUAUGUCCACACAGCCUUUUCUCCCGAGCCGAUUAACUGCUCUCAAUAUAGGUGGAGUGACAAUCCGGGGACUGGCCUCCUCCAAGUGGAAAUCGAGCAGAAUGCUGGCCCUGCUGGUGUCCCCUCACACCUGGUCAUUGAGGCCAAGGAGGAGGUGAAGGUGGAGUUGUCCGAGGAAAACUCUGGCAAGUUGGAGCUGGAUGUCCAGCUGAAGGUGAUCCUAAAGACUCCUGGCAAGGCUGGCCCAGAAGGCUUGACCCAAAUGACCCAGAACAAAAGCCAGAAGCUCUCCUUCCCCAAAGCGAAGCCUACUGGGAUGCAGCCCCUGGUAAAGACUGUGCCCCUUCUUGAGGUGAUGGCCAGAGAAGCAUGGCCACAGGGAAAGUACAGGGUGCAAUAUUCCUUACGGUAUGGGUUAUUGCUACCUUCAUCCCAGAAAACCCCACAGGGCCGCAGCCUUCCAGCCAUGGUAGUAAAGUUGAAUCCCAAGAGGCACCUAUGCUUUGCAGAGCAGGUUCGAAGUUUGGUGCUGGGUAAAUUUCUGAACUAUGUCAAUGUCCAUAUGUCCCACAUGAAAACCCUGGGGGAGAAUGAAGAGAGCAAAAGUUUUCUCAGCAGUGUAUUCUCUGAGGAGUUCUAUCCUUUUGUUAGCAUAUGGUUGGCCAGGACUUGCUACCUUACUGCUUUUGUCAUUAUGCUCAUCUUUACACUUUCUGUCUCAGUGCUGCUGCGGUACUCACAUUACCAGAUUUUCAUUUUCAUUGUGGACCUCUUACAGAUGUUGGAGAUGAACAUGACAAUUGCCUUCCCCGCUGCCCCAUUGCUCACAGUCAUCCUGGCCCUUGUCAGUAUGGAAGCAGUCAUGUCUGAAUUCUUCAAUGACACCACGACUGCCUUCUACAUCAUCCUCAUUGUGUGGCUUGCUGACCAGUAUGAUGCCAUCUGCUGCCAUACCAAUACCAGUAAGAGGCACUGGUUGAGGUUUUUUUACUUAUAUCACUUUGCUUUCUAUGCCUAUCACUACCGAUUUAAUGGACAGUACAGUAGCUUAGCUCUGGUCACCUCCUGGCUUUUUAUCCAACAUUCUAUGAUCUACUUUUUCCAUCACUAUGAGUUGCCUGCCAUUCUACAGCAGGUGCACAUUCAGGAGAGGUUGCUGUCAAAUGAAGAGGUUGCUCAGGGCCCUCAGGGCCUUACAGGACAAUUUCAACAGUAAUAUUGCUACAGUCCUUAUGCCUCAGACAGUCCUCAGGCCUCCCUGCAGACUGGGAACAUUAGCCCCAUGAGUGCCUGAACUACACAGUCUUAAGAAGACAGAUAAUGAGGGUAGAUGGGAGAUUAUUUCUUGCCUAAACCCUUUCUUCAACUCAUUGUUGCAGACUGGGGAAUCCAGCUUGCCCUGGGAUCAUAUAUCUGGAAAUUUUGAUGUUGUAACAGAACCCAAGAAAACUGAAACUGAAUAACUUGGUGAGGAAUGAAGAGUAAAAAUUUCAUUCCGUUUUGUUUGAUUGUAAUGUACAAGAAUUGUGUUGUAUAUAUAAUAGUCAUAUAUCAGUUAAAAAAAGGGAAAGCAUAAUAAUAAAAACAAGCUCACAUUUAUGUAGUACUUUACUUUUUGCAAAGUGCUUUAUCACACCUUGACUUAGUUGAUUUUCACUACAACCUUUCAAAGUUAAGUGUUAUCAUUUCCCUAAUACAGAUUAUAGUUACAGUUAGAGUGACUUGCGAAGGAUCAUAGUUAAAUAAGUGUUUUAGUCAGAUUUAAAAACCAGAUCUAACCUACUGAUAACUACAGUGGAGUACCCAUUAAGUUGUGCUGACCCAGAGCAGGAAAGAAGUGCCAGAGUGCAUGUGCAUGCACAGUCACACACAUACAUUAACAUGGCAAGAGUUAAGAAGAAAAGUCCAGCACUCCAUUCAACUAGAAAUUAUUCAGGGCUCCUCCUCUCUACACAUAUGGUUAUACCAUUUCUUAUAGUUUCUAUUUCUGGUGAAUUGUUCUUGACUAUGUCUUGGAAGUACAGGCAGAAAUGAUCCAGAAGAAAAUAUCUCUAAAGCUUAGGAAAAUGAGGCCACGUGGGACUAGGGAAUAAUUUCUUGAUGGAAGGAAGGAAACUCAUCAGAGGUAAGGAGGAAACACUUUCCUGGGAAAUCACCUAGUAACUGAUUCAAGGUCAAUCAAACACCAAUCUGGGUUCUGGAAAUUACAUUGCCCAAAGCUAUAUAAGAAAAUGUAUUGGCAUUCUUACAAAUAAUUGUUUGGAG